AUGAGCUACGACAAACCCUCCUCCGCUCAUUGGCAUUCCUCUUUGGCUCGAUCGUCAAAUAAACAAGAUAAGGCCGACCCAGCCUCUACUGCGCAUAACGUCUGGGGACAGCCUCCCCGCUUAUCAGGUAGUCACAGCAGUCUUAAGCCCCUUGCAACUUCAAACCUAUCUCCAUCUGUGGGGACAACAGACACGCGAAGAUAUCCUCACCAAAGCGACGCCGACUCCAUCGCCAACUUUCCUCCGCUCUCCGCUGUAUCGGGUAAUCGCUUGAAUUCCUCGAGACGGCCAACUCCACCGACCCCAUCUCGAAGUCAGUCACCGGUUUACGGUCUUCAAGCUGGCGCAACCCAGCAAUCAGCUUUUCCCAUCCCCCGUCCCUUCACAUCACCUCGAUCGAGAACGAUCAGCCCGCAACACUCAGCAGGCGGUGCCUCCUACUCUCAUCAGGGCCCUGGGGCCGCAGGUGGCGGUGGUGGAUUCAGCUCGGGCCCCAGGAGCGGCGCAUAUUCGCCCUCCCUCCACGGACCUGGAGUCAACUCUCCUACGGCUUUUCACUUCGAACGCUCUUCGAGUAUCUCAUCCAACCCCAGCUCUGCUGUUAGCGGACAGUCGUCCUUGUCCAAAAUUUCAGCGACCCAGGUAGUACUCCUGGUUGAUACAAUUACCGAGAAAAAAGGUCCUGCCGAGUGGGAAGCUAAAGCUGAAAAAAUCAGAAAGCUCCUCGAUUCCAACGGCAUGGAGGUGUUUACCCAAUUCUUUCGCCGAGCGGUGUCUCAAAAUGCUCCCGCGAUCUUCGACGACCGUGAGCCUGAACAUGGCAGCUACAAGCUUCUACAGCAAGAGAUGGAUAAGGUAGCCCAAGACUUUGAAGAAGCCUCCAAGAUUGCCGAGGCGAUCGAUUCCUUCAAGGAUGACAUCUUCAAAGACUUCGACCUGGCAAAGUUCAGCUCUCAUUUCUUCGCAUCAGACCCGAUCUCACAUGUCCUCCUUGCAAUCGCCUUCACACGAUGCACGCGCCCAGAUCUGCGCAACAAAGCCGACAAGAUCCUGUCCGAAGCUACCAUCCGUUGUGUACACAGUCUGUACGAAAGCAGAACACAGCUUCAGAAAUACCAUCCCAAGAGCAUCGCUGCGAUCAUCGAGUAUAUUGCACUCGUUGCCACUUUAUCAACCCCGGAUCAGAGAACUGACCUGUUCUGGGCGAUCGGAACGCGCUACGACAGCCAAAGUAUGGAUAUCCCAGGAGAUAUCAUUUCAGCGCUACUGCUUUUGCGUUCUCCGUCUGAUAACCAGAAGAUCGCCAAGAGCCUGCUUCGAACAGGCACCAAAGGCACUUCAUCAAAGCAGGCUGUUGAGGGUGUCUUGCACGGCAUUGGCUUGAACAACAUCAAUGAUGCCGAAGUCGCACACGCCAUCCUAUUCAUGGUUUUGGCUCGGUCUCAAACAUACGACAUCAUCAACUUCAUCAGCACUGUCAAGAGCAAGUCGAACAAUGUAGCUGUCGAUUGGCCUCACAUAAUCAACAGUCUCGAUAUGCCUGGCCUUCAGAUCCAAACCGAUAGCUUCGUGCAGCUCUUCAAGGCUUUCAGAUCAAUCGCCCUCGAGGACUCCGACUUCGAUUUACAGAAGCUUUGGGGUGGCCAAUGGCAGAACCCUCUCACUCAGAUCCAGUUUGUACGGGCUUUUCUCGCAGCUCCAACGGAAGAGGUUGGGCCUUCACAGAUCCCCAACUUUCGUGCCUGUAUUUCGAGCUCAGAACUGGCUGGACUUCCCGAUGCAAGCAAGCAGCAUCUCGAGGAUCUACUGAAUACCCAAUUCGCAUCUCUGGACGCCUUGAGCGCAGUAUUCGACAUUCUCCUCACCCAAGACCUCUCAGCCGAGGAUCUGGACAAGACCGAUGUUCUGAAUGAUAUUUAUCAGCAUCAUCCAGUAGUGUUUAUCUUGUCUUUGAUCAAGCUCAAGAACAAGUCGUGGACACCAAUGCAAGAGAAGUUCGUUCAUGAGUGCUUUCGGCAAUUUGUCGAAAAACAGAGACCCGACUCUGCAAUCGUCUUGGAGUCACUCUAUACCCUCAGCCCUCAAUUCACUUUCGACCUUUGCGCAAUUGUGUUCCAGCAAGAUCCUCGUGAGACGGAAUUUGUCUAUCAACGAGCAGAGGAAUUUGGCUGGACGCAGGAGUUCCUAAAGCACUGGUCGAAUCCUCUCGCUCUGGACAUGGCUUGCAUGCGCAACAAGCUGGCUCCGGAUUUUGAUCUGGAUAAAUAUUUAUCGGAUGUGGCUGAAGGCAAAGGUCACGCUCAACUGGGCAUGAUCCUUUGCAAAUAUGUGCGUAUCAAGGCCGAUGACGAAUAUCGCGUUCAGCGUGAGCAGACACUGCCGCAAUCAGUUCCCUUGAGUUUGGCAACGGUUCACACUCUUCUUGAGAAGCUUGAGGAGCUCACCGAUGAUCGUGAUCUUGUGGAGGCUGCACAGACAACAUGCCUGCAGACCUAUCCCCGAUUGAUGAACUAUGGCGCUGGACACGACCAGAUCUUGGAACGGAGCUCUGAAGAGAGGGGCAACAAGCUUCCCGAAGAGAUCGACCGCCAGAUGUCUGAACUCUUCGGCCGCAUGUAUCGCGCCGAGCUCAGCAUUCGCGACAUGGUCACUGAGAUGAAGAAUCUCAAGACUUCCUCAGACCCCAACGACCAGGAUUUAUUCUGCUGCAUCGUACACGGUUUGUUCGAUGAGUACGUGUGCUACAGCGAAUAUCCAGAAGAUGCUUUAGAGAAGACUGCACUUCUCUUCGGCAACAUCAUCAAAUUCAAGUUGCUUCCCUCUAUCCCACGCGACUACGGCCUAGUUCUCAUCUUGAGAGCAGUGCGAGACAAUCCUCAAGAAAGCCUGAUGUGGCGGUUCGGCAUUGAGGCGCUUCUGCAGAUCAGCGAUCAGCUUCCGGAAUGGCCUGGCCUGUGCAGCCUUCUCCUUCGGAUUCAAACCCUUCGUCAUCCCGAGAUCAUACAACGCGCGCAGGAGGGUCUCCAAAAUCAGCAGGCUGAUGGUGAUUUCGACGGUAACGGAGUUGUGCCGCACACGAACGGUGACGGCCUCGACUUGGGCAAGGCUGACCACGGCCGUGCAUUCCGGUCUGUUAACGCCGACCCACCGCCGUCCAACAUCAGAUUCCAAGAGCCAGACCGUGCAUCACAAGAGAAGGUUCUGUUUGUGAUCAACAAUUUAUCCAAAGACAACAUGUCAGCAAAAGUUGGAGAUGUCAAAACUUCGUUGUCGCCUGAGAACUUCCAAUGGUUCGCUGCGUACUUGGUUGAGCAACGUGCCAAGCUGGAGCCCAAUAACCAGGAAAUGUACUAUCAGUUCGUGGCUCUCCUUGAAGACUCUUUCCUUAUGUCCGAAGUCCUUCGGGAGACCUUCGUCAGCAUCGUCAAGCUAAUGAACGCGGAGACCACUGUCACCAACUCUACUGACCGGACACAACUAAAGAAUCUGGGUGGCUGGCUCGGGUCGUUGACCCUGGCACAAGACAAGCCGAUCAAGCACAAGAACAUCUACUUUGUCGAUCUGCUAGUAGAGGGCCAUGAGACCCAAAGACUGGUAAUGGUCAUUCCAUUCACCUGUCGGGUUCUCACCCAAGGCGCGAAGUCGAUGAUUUUCAAGCCUCCUAACCCAUGGUUGAUGGAGAUUGUUGGAGUCCUGAAGGAGCUCUACGAAUUCGCCGAUCUCAAAUUGAACCAGAAGUUUGAGAUUGAAGUGCUGUGCAAGGAACUCAAGCUCGACAUCAAGAAGAUCGAGGCUGCUAGUGUCGUGCGCGAUCGAACGCAGCCGGAAGAGGAGAUUCCGACCAUUUCAGCUCUGCCUGUUGAAGGCCUUGAGAACUUCGACGAUCUUUCGCUCAACGGAGCAAUGAAUCGCGGUGUUCGCGAGCGACUCUCUGCUGCGGAUAUCAUGGCUACUUUGCCAAAUCUUGCGGAAGUGCUGAAGUACCCUCCACCCUCUGGUACACCCGCCGAUCAAGCAGUUAUUCGAGAUAUCAUCUACCGUGCUUUUGAUCAAGCCAUCCAGGAGAUCAUUGCACCUGUCGUUGAGCGCUCCAUUACAAUUGCCUCCAUCUCGACUGCCCAACUCAUCGCAAAGGACUAUGCUCUGAAUCACGAUCCCGAGCAAUACCAGACUGCUGCUCGACACAUGGUGAAGUCUCUUGCUGGUAGCUUGGCUCUCGUUACAUGCAAGGAGCCGCUGCGCAUGAGCAUUACUAACUGGAUCCGUCGUCCUCAUGAUGAUAUUCAAGAACCCAUCAUGCCAGAGGGCGCCAUUCUCAUGUGCGUUAACGACAAUCUUGACACUGCGUGCAGCUUCGUUGAGACUGCUGCUAUCGAGCGUGCAAUUCCAGAGAUCGACAUUGUUAUUUCACAGGAAGUCGAAGAGCGCCGCCGCUUCCUGGCAGAAGGUAGUGGCCGAGAUUUUAUCAGCAGUUCAGCCAAUGCCACUGUCAAUAGAUGGUCGACCUGGAUCCCCGAGCCGUACAAACAGAGCCUUGGUGGUCUGAACGAGUCUCAGCGAGCUGUGUAUGAAGAAUUCGCGCUCAGAGUGCAUGGAAACAACAUCAGCCAUACGCAAAAUGCGUCCACGGAUUCGACUGGUCGCCAGAUUCCCGAUAUCCUGCAGGAAACUCUUGCUAUGCCGAAUCUCUCUACUCCUGCGGAUCAGCACGUGAUGCCUCACCAAAGCCCGCUGGCACCUCACGAUGCUAGGGUGCUCGCAAACUCUUCUCAACCACGACUUAACGGUGUCAGUGACAAUAUCCCACCCCAGGAGCGAAUUUCUCUUCUGGUCGAAGACCUGCAGAAGGCUGCGAAAAGCUCAGAUGCUAAACGCUUGAAGGUUAUCGACAAGGACAGUUCCAUCUUCCAAGACUUCCGGCAGAUCCUGAUAGUCAUUACAUCUUCAACCAGACCGACUGCUGAUCUGCUCGCUCGGCAGAUUGCUGAAAAGAUCUGUAAUAUCUUCGCCACGAAGCCUCCCAACAAUCCACUUGAGGCCGAAGUUCUGGCUUUCCUCUUGUCGAAGCUCUGUCAACUUUCUGAGCUGAUCAUCCGGGAUGUGCUUCGCUGGAUGACCAACAACGAGUCUAUCCUGCUCGCCAGUGCCAAUGUUGUGGCCGCUCUUGUAAUCGUCGGACUGAUGGACUUCAGCCGUGUAGACGCCUACCUUGCGGAUGCUCUGAAUCAGCGACAGGUCCCUGGUCUGCAGAUGCUGUCAGAUCUCAUGGACCAGACCCUCUUUCUCGACGAGCCACAGGCUCUACGCGCUGAUUUUGCCAACAGUCUGGUGGCCAUGUCGGCCUGGAUCAAGGAGGACCCCGGUCUGCAGAUUGCAGUCGAAAUCAACCAGAAGCUGCGCGUCCACGGAAUGUCGGAGCUUGUUACGGUCGCGGUGUCCGACAAAGCGAAAGCCAAGCAAGAUCAGAUGCGCUAUAUCUUCGACGAAUGGAUCGGCAUGUUUGAGAACUUGCCCCCGGAUCCAAGCGCCACUGGUGCAUUUCUACGUGAUAUGCACCAGGGACAGAUCAUCAACAACACCGAAGAUAUUGCCGACUUUCUCCGCAUUGCUGUCGACGCUUGCAUAGAAGCAUUCGAGCGCGAAGCAUCGAGCAAUCGAGGAAGUGUCGACAACGCUUUUAUGCCGACUGAUGCGUUGGCCCGGCUACUGGUUGUACUUGUCGUCUUCCAAGGCGAGACCAAUGGCGCAGUUCAAAUGAGUAAACACGCAUACUUGGAGUCGAUUCUGUCUCUACUGGUGUUGGUCGUCAAUCAUCAUCAAGUCAUGCAUGGCGUUCACUUCCACCAGCGCGUUUUCAACCGCCUGCUAAGUACCAUGCUGUAUGAGUAUGCACCUCUCAAGCUCGAGGAAACGUCCGAGCAUGACCAAAUGAUGCAGGUCUUCGGAAGUACGCUGAAGUCGCUCCAACCCGCAUGGUUUCCAAACUUCUCCUUCAGCUGGAUGGGUCUCAUUCUCAACCGCGUGCUUGUUGUUGGGUUGUUGAAGCCAAGCAAUGCUGCCGGGCAGAUCAUCUACCGGGAUCUGAUUGGACUGUCGCUCAGUUAUUUCUCUGAUUCCGUCCGCACUGGAGUACCGCAGCCAGUACUGGUCGACAUGUUCCGAGGAAUAUUCAGAAACAUGCUGGUCCUCCAUCACGACUUCCCAGAGUUCCUCUGCACCAAUUAUUCGUACUUGUGCAGUCGUGUCGCAUAUGAAGUUCCUCAGCUGAGAAACCUUAUCCUGACUUCGCGUCCCGCAGCCUACCAAGACCUACCAGACCCGAUGACUCCUGGGCUGAAAAUCGAGCGCCUAGAGGAGAUGAGGAAGGAGCCAGAACUGGCUGUGGACUUUGCUCAGAUUCUCCGAGAUGAGAAGCUUGUUGACGCGAUUGACGCUGCGUUGAAGAAGGGCGAUAUGGAAGCUGCUAUCAAGCAGAUCAACACUGCACUUGGUGAUCAAAAUAAGCCUGCGACCAUGGCUUCGCCGCUCAAGAGCAUUGAAGUCUUGAAUGCUCUUGUGCCGUACGUCGGCCAAUCAGCUUGCGCCAAUGACGGCAGGUUUGAUCCCGCCGGCACGCAUGCUAUCUUCCUCACGAAGCUGGCUUAUGCGCUAAGCUACGAGCACCGCUAUUAUCUCGCUGGCUCGUUCAUGGAUCAAAUUCGAUUCCCCAACACCCACACCGACUACUUCUGCAAGUUAUUGCUCAACCUUUGGGGAUCGGUCAAUGUCACGGACCAGCAGCGAGAGCUCCGGGAGCCGCUCUGUCGUGCGAUCUAUGAGCGCUUGGCUGUACAGAGACCGCACCCAUGGGGGUUGACUAUCUUGGGACUGUCUCUGCAGCAGGACACAAGCUUGGGCUUCUGGGAUGUGGUAAGCCAGGAGAGCACGAUGCAUCAGCGCAUGCAACACGCCGUGCGACAGGUGAGCGGCUAA